AUGUCUCAGGAGGUUUUCAAUGAAGGUCCAACAACUUCGCAACAUAUCGAAGCUGAGGAUGACGAUCAUUUCAAUAAUACAACGUUCAAAUUGAAGAGGACCAGGUCCAUGGGUCUGCUUGAUGACUUUAUUACGCAAACCCACUCCUUAGACACCGAUUCUAUUCCAGAUAAAGAAGCAAAACUCAGUUCAAAAGAUUUUGUUUCAGACGAGACUUUGCACAAACUGAAUAUGAACUCAACUCUUGAUGAGGAAGAGAACGUGCCUCGAUUCUAUACGAGUGUCGUGCCCUCUGCUUCGAAGAGCAAAAAAUCAAUUCCUUCCAACUCUCCACAGAGUUUCCAAAGUGAGGAGACCUCUGACGAAAACUGUUUUUCCGAAGAUUCGCUCAGUUCCACAGGAUCGGGUAAUUCGGUUAAUCUCAUACCAAAACAUCAACUAAGAAAAUAUCAACAUGGCAAGCAAAACGAGACGCUUACCCCGAGGCUAGCUUAUCAACAGCAAUUACAUGAUGACAUUGACGUACAGCAUUCUCCCGAACAGCAUGUCGACUAUUUAUCUCAUAACUGGGAUGAACUGGAAAUAUCCAAAUCUUGGAGAUACGUAACUCUGAAGAGAAAUGAUUUUGCAAAUUCAGCAAGACUUGAAAAUGCAUCUUGGAGAACAUGGGCUCAAGCCCGAAAUGGUUUGAAAACUAUCUCACCUGCUGAACUCAACUGGAGUAAGGAAAGUGAUGUUACUUGGUUGUAUGGGCCACUUUACAAAGAGGAGAAGUAUGAUUUCGAUAUAGUGGAUUUCAAAAAACAACAGCAUAAAAAGAGACAAGAGUCGUCUGGUGGCAUUCCUCAGGGUAAUGUCGAUAUGGCAACUCAUAGCAAAAAUACCAGUACAAUGAAAAAUGAGACUAAUGACAGGGACAGUAAUGAGAAAGAUAAGCAUUUUGAUCACUUGAAACCAAUAUUGAAAAAGCGCUCCAAUGUAGAAAAAAUGAUCAGCGAUGCUUCAUAUUCAAGACUUCAAAGUCUCCUAGAAGAACACGACCAUAAAUUCAAAGGGAGUCCUGUUUUGGAACCAGUUUCAAAUUCGUUGAAUGAUUCUUCCUCUCCUGCUAAUAGUUCUGCAAACAACAUCAACAAUGAUGAAGCUUUUCCAUUCACACUGUCAGCUAAUCAGACAACUGAGGAUGUCCAUAAAAUGGAUUGCCAGGCACAUCAAAUUUCUGCUUCGAAUAAGAAGGAGAGGAAGAUACAUUUCAACAUGAGAGUUGAUCAAUGUAUUGCGAUCGAUGAUGACACAGAGUCGGACCUUUCUCUAGAUAAUGGCUAUCAAAAUGAUUUCGAUCAUGGAGGACCUCUUCAUGCGUUAUUACGGUCAAGGUUUGACAAUGAUGAUGAUGAGGAUAUGGGUUAUGACGAGGAAGAUGACGAUGAUGGUGAUGAUGAAGGAGGCUUCAUGCUACAUACAAGAGUGACCUCUCCGAACAUAUCUCACAAACCGCCUAACUGGUCACGCAAUUCCUCAAAUGCCAACACUAGAGAUGAGUCUCCAUCGUCUGAAAACAUAAAACCCAUCGCAACUAUUGCACCACUCCCUGCCACAACAUUGAAAACUUGUUCCGAUGAUGAUGAGUCUGAUCCUUAUACUGUAUCACAUAACACAAAAACCAACCGAGGGUACGAUUAUUAUUAUGACUACAACACUGUUUACGACGAUUCAACAAAUCCCCUGUAUUCUGUCAUUAAUAGCCAACAAAAUGUCCAGUUGUUUGAUGUACCGGAAAGUUGUCAAAUUGAGGAUGUGAUGGAUGUUGAUGCUAAUGGUCAUCCUGAUAACCUGAUCAUCUCGCCUGUUGAAUCACGACCUGAAAGCGAAAAUGCACAUUCUACAUCAUCACAACUAGUACAUGAGGAUAUUCCUCACCAUUUGCAAAAGUUCAUACCAAGUGAAUUUUCAGAUCAGUCCUUACGAUAUCAGAAUCUACAGCAUCCUGAGGAUAGCUCAGCAUCAUGCCCUCAGAUCAAACGCAACACAAGUGUUGGACACGGUUCAUCAAACUCGAGCUCAACAACUAGUCUUUCCACAAUAAAAGUCGGUUUGAGUGGUUUAGAUCUUGGGCAUACUGGGCUUAGAAAAAGUGCUGGUGCCGGGUCCAAACCCCAAUUAUGCCAAAUGUCUGACCAAUCCGGAGGAUCCCAAUUUUCCAAACUUGGUUCUUCGGCUUCGAAUAGUCUUGAUCGCAAAAAAUUCGUCUUUAGUUCUGAGUCAGAUGAUUCGUCUUGCUCAGAUGAGGAAAUGGAGAUAAAUCCCCCUAGACGGCCACCUUCACUGUCGCCUUGA